AUGUUGACCAAGUUUGAGACGAAGUCGAACCGGGUGAAGGGGUUGACGUUUCACCCCAAGCGGCCGUGGAUUUUGGCCUCGCUGCACAGCGGGGUGAUACAGCUGUGGGAUUAUCGCAUGGGAACGCUCAUCGAUCGGUUCGACGAGCACGAGGGGCCGGUGAGAGGGGUGGGCUUCCACGCCUCGCAGCCUUUGUUCGUGUCGGGAGGUGAUGACUAUAAGAUCAAGGUGUGGAGCUACAAGCUCAGGCGGUGCUUGUUCACGCUUUUGGGUCACUUGGACUAUAUCAGAACCGUGGAGUUCCAUGCAGAGUAUCCGUGGAUCGUCUCCGCUUCGGACGAUCAAACAAUUCGAAUCUGGAAUUGGCAGAGCAGGAGCUCGAUAGGGGUGCUUACAGGACACAAUCACUACGUGAUGUGCGCGCGAUUCCAUCACAAGGACGACUUGGUUGUUUCCGCUUCGUUAGAUCAGACGGUUCGAGUGUGGGACAUCAGCGGACUCCGGCGCAAGGCGGUUAGCCCGCAGGAUGAGCUUCGCAUGCCGCAAAUGAACAACGAUCUCUUCGGUGGAGGGGACACGUGCGUGAAGUACAUCUUAGAAGGACACGAUCGCGGCGUCAACUGGGUUGCGUUCCAUCCGACGCUACCGCUCAUCGUGUCCGGGGCGGAUGAUCGUCAAGUCAAGCUCUGGCGUAUGAAUGACACCAAGGCUUGGGAGGUCGAUUCCCUCCGUGGGCACGUGAACAAUGUUAGCUGUGUGGCGUUCCACGCAAGACAAGAUGUCAUCGUCUCGAACUCAGAGGAUAAGUCGAUUCGGGUGUGGGACAUGUCAAAGAGAGCCGACGCCCAGACUUUCCGGCGCGAGCACGAUAGGUUUUGGAUUCUGGCGACGCAUCCCGAAGUCAACUUACUGGCGGCCGGUCACGACAGCGGCAUGAUCGUCUUUAAGCUCGAACGGGAGCGGCCGGCUUACGCCACGCACCAAGGCAACCUGUUUUACGUAAAGGAUCGCUACUUGCGCUGCUACGACUUCCAGUCCCAACGUGACAACCCGUUGGUGUCGAUCCGGCGCACUGUCAGUGGACCCAACUCUGCCCCGAGAUCGAUGUCCUACAAUCCAGCUGAAAAUGCGAUUUUGAUCACGUACGAUGCUGGAGGUGACAACUACGAGUUGUUCAUGUUACCGAAGGAUGGGGGCCGAGGCGAAGUGGUCGGUGACUCUUGCCGAGGCAGUGGUAUCGGGGCGGUAUUUGUUGCCAGAAACCGAUUCGCGACGUUGGACAAGCAAACAAAUAACUUGAUCAUAAAAAACCUGGACAACGAAAUGACGAAGAAGUGCCCGUGCCCCUUACCGAGCACGGACAUGAUCUUCUAUGCCGGGACUGGUUCUCUUUUGUGCCGUUCAGAUGACAAGAUCACAUUGUUCGAUCUUCAGCAACGUGCUGCGCUCGCUGAAAUAACCGCAGCGAACGUUAAGUACGUCGUGUGGGCGCAGGACAUGAGCCGUGUCGCGCUCCUGAGCAAACACUCGAUUGUUCUUGCCGAUCGCAAGUUGGGUAACUCGGUGACAGUCCAUGAAACGAUCAGGGUGAAGUCUGGCGCUUGGGAUGACCAUGGAGUGUUUAUUUACACAACGCUCAACCACAUCAAGUACGCCUUGCCCAACGGAGAUUCUGGGAUCAUUCGAACGCUCGAUAAUCCGCUGUACCUCACGAGAGUAUUCGGCAACGUCAUUUAUUGCUUGGAUCGAGAUGGACGCAACCGUCAAAUCCAAUUUGACCCUUCCGAGUACAUGUUCAAGCUCGCGCUGAACGCGAAAAGAUUCGAUCGCGUGCUGACAAUGAUCAAGAGCGGACAGCUUUGUGGUCAGUCCAUCAUUGCGUACCUUCAAAAGAAAGGAUAUCCAGAGAUCGCGCUCCACUUUGUACAGGACGAGCGCACGCAGUUCGAAUUGGCGCUCGAGUGUGGCAACAUUGAAGUCGCUCUCGCGAGUGCGCAAGAGAUUGAUGAUAAGGACACCUGGCACAAACUUGGCGUGGCCGCUCUGAACCAAGGCAACUACCAAAUUGUCGAGUUCGCGUAUCAAAAGACAAAGAACUUCGAGCGUCUGUCUUUCCUGUACCUCAUCACCGGUAACAUGGAAAAGCUUGGGAAAAUGUUGAAGAUCUCUGAGAUGCGCGCCGACGUGAUGGGGCAGUUCCACAACGCUCUCUACUUGGGUGAUGUUGCUGAGAGAGUCAAGGUGCUUGAGCACGUAGGUCACUACCCGCUUGCGUACUUGACUGCCAAGACGCAUGGUAUGGAAGAUGAUGCCACUCGUAUAGCUCAGAUGUUGAACGAAAGCGGGGCGCCUGUCCCUGAUGUCAGUGGUGCAGGCAGGUUGCUUAACCCGCCGUCGCCGGUGUUCCAAGGUGACAACUGGCCGUUGCUUCCAGUGUCGAAGGGCUUCUUCGAGGGUGUUCUCUCCGGUGAGAUUGCUGGCGACGCGUACGCCGAGGAUGACGAUACCAUGGUUGAUGCCAGUUCAGGCUGGGCUGACGCCGAUAUCGACAUAGGUGAAGAUGAUCGGGUCGAUAAGCUUGCUGCGGCUGGUAUUGCUCCCGACGUUGAGUUUGAUGAUGUCAAUGACGAGAAUGAUGGGUGGGGUAUGGAUGACUUGGAAUUGCCAGAAGAGCUGACGAGUGCUGGUGCAGACGGCGUUGACGUUGGAUCGUUCGAUAGCGACGUUUUCAUCGCGCCAACGCCUGGUGUGCCCCAGUCGCAACGCUGGACUGAGAAGAGCGCAGUGGCAGGUGAGCACGUAGCGGCGGGUGAGUUUGACAGCGCCAUGAAGUUGCUUAGCCGUCAAUUAGGAAUCGUCAACUUCGCGCCCCUCAAGCAGCACUUCGUUGAUCUGGCGUAUGCCUCGCACGCUGGUCUUGAGACCGUGCCCGCCGGAUUGAAGAUUUCUGUUCCUCUUGGGCGAGGAUGGACCUCUAGAUCUACCGGAGUCUUGCCUCCAGCGAUGAUUUGUACGCCGGAAAUCCUCAACGAACGUGUGAAGAGCGCGUUCAAGUUGACAACUGAAGGAAAGUUCGCCGAGGCUCUCAAGGUCUUUGUCAGCAUCAUUCAUGCCAUCACUUUGUUGAGCGUGGAUGAUCCUCAAGAGGUUGAGCAAGUGAAGCAGCUUCUCACGGUUGCUCGCCAAUACGCAUGCGCUUUGAGAAUUGAAAUCGCUCGAAAGCAAGAGGAGGAUCCGGCUCGUCAGGCAGAGCUCGCGGCGUACUUCACGCACGCUGAGAUGCAGCCGAUUCACGUAUCGCUUUCUCUUCGAUCCGCGAUGUCGAUUUUCUUCAAGCUGAAGAACUACGCCACCGCGGCGACGUUCUGCCGCCGCUUGCUUGAGCUUAACCCGCCUGUGAAGGUGGCGACGCAAGCGAAGCAGGUGUUGCAAGCAUGCGAUCGCGCGCCGAAGGACGAAGUUGAGGUCAAUUACGACUUUCAUAAUCCGUUCGUCGUCUGCUCUGCGACUUUCGUGCCCAUUUACAAGGGCACAAAGGAUUGCAUGUGCCCCAUGUGCGGUGCGCACUUCGUCAUCGAGCAGUCCGGGAACGUGUGCGGCGUGUGUAGUCUUGGGAAAAUUGGUGCAGACGCGACGGGUUUGGUGUGCUCCGCUACGCAAACGCGUUAG